AUGGAUGGAGUCGAAAACCUGACAGUAUCUUCUGCCAGUAAUAACACAUGCCAUGACACUAUUGAUGACUUCCGCAAUCAAGUAUAUUCCACCAUGUACUCUAUGAUCUCCGUUGUGGGCUUCUUUGGCAAUGGCUUUGUGCUCUAUGUCCUCAUAAAAACAUAUCAUGAGACGUCAGCCUUCCAAGUAUACAUGAUUAAUUUAGCAGUAGCAGAUCUGCUGUGUGUGUGCACACUGCCUCUCCGUGUGGUCUACUAUGUUCACAAAGGCAUUUGGCUCUUUGGUGACUUUUUGUGCCGCCUCAGUACCUAUGCUUUGUAUGUCAAUCUCUAUUGUAGCAUCUUCUUUAUGACAGCCAUGAGCUUUUUUCGGUGUGUGGCAAUUGUUUUCCCAGUCCAGAAUAUUAAUUUGGUUACACAGAAAAAAGCCAGGUUUGUGUGUGCUGGCAUUUGGAUUUUUGUGAUUUUGGCCAGUUCUCCAUUUUUAAUGUCCAAAUCUUACAAAGAUAAGAAAAACAAUACCAAGUGCUUUGAGCCUCCACAGGACAAUCAAGCUAAAUAUCAUGUUUUGGUCUUACAUUAUGUGUCAUUGUUCAUCGGCUUCAUCAUCCCUUUUGUUAUUAUAAUUGUCUGUUACACAAUGAUCAUCUUGACCUUACUAAAAAAUUCAAUGAAGAAAAAUCUGUCAAGUCGUAAAAAGGCUGUAGGAAUGAUCAUAGUCGUAAUGGCUGCCUUUUUAAUCAGCUUCAUGCCAUAUCAUAUUCAACGCACAAUUCACCUUCAUUUUUUACACAAUGAGACUAAAUCCUGUGAUUCUGUCCUUAGAAUGCAGAAGUCAGUGGUCAUCACUUUGUCUCUGGCUGCAUCAAAUUGUUGCUUUGACCCUCUCCUAUAUUUUUUUUCAGGGGGGAACUUUAGGAGAAGGCUAUCUACAUUUAAAAAGCAUUCUUUGUCCAGCAUGACCUAUGUACCAAAGAAGAAGGCCUCCUUGCCAGAAAAAACAAGAAAUAUGUAA